AUGCUGGAGAGAACGGCGGCGACCCUGGAAUCAUGCACCAGUCUUCAUGCUCUUCCAUCCGCCACGCGACAACUUAGAAGCCAGCGCAGAUUGCACACCGGCUUCUGGCAGCAUGGCGCCGCAGCCAUAGAUAUUUCCAGCUCCGUGCUGGCUAUGCGUUUCAAUGGCACCGAAUACCCCGCCCCCUCUGAUCCGCCGUCAGCGCCUCUCGAAACUCUCGCCGCCUCGACCUUUCUUCUCGACUUUCUCUACCCCAGUGGAACCGCUACCUUCUUGCGCAGAACCUCCCCGGGCCUGCCCCACGAUCAUCUGACGCCUCUUCAACGGCUCCCACGCCGAUCCAGGCCAUUCACAUCUUCUACGGUCGCGACCUCGACGAAAGACUCUGACUCGCCCGAGACCUUCUCCAGCGGUGUUCAGUCAAUGCCGCAAGACAGAGAUGCGGGCGCAUCCGCUGUGGGAAGCCGGCGGUACGCUGACCAAGAAGGCGUAGAUCCGGCUGAGGAAGACGACUUUGAAGAGGAAGAGGACGAGGAAGAGGUCGACGACGCCUUGGACGUAACCGAUUCGCGCGAUACUCACAGUGGUCCUUCAUAUGCCGGCGCCGGGUCGCGACCUGAACUGAUGAGGGAACUCAUGGCAGACAGAGACACGGAAUACUUUGGGUCCAUAUGGCAGCUCUACACACAACUAGAGCCGAGCCUGCAACCAGAGUUUCGACCCGAGGUCAUUGCGUACUUGUAUCGGUCCGCAAACAUCAUUGACGCACGAAGAGUUGUCCUCUUGUUCCCCCAAGUCGACGACAGCCAAUGGUCUGCAAUGGUUCUGACAUCAGUGGUAACAGCUUAUUUACGCCUGGGACGAGAGGCCGAAGCGCUGCGGCUAUACCACACGGGGCUAGACGAGAAGGCUCUCGUGUGCGGGCUGGACGAGCUGCUUGGUCAUUUCUUUGAAAAGGCCGAUUGGACAACCGUCAUUCGAGUCUGGGCAUCAUACCAUACCGUUUACCUCUCUCAUGGUACCAAAGCCGGAAACCUGAACCAACUUGCUGCAACUGCCAACCUCGGAGCCCUCACCAUUCGCUUCGCUCGGGAGAUCAAGGCCCAGGAACCAGAAGUAGCCCAGAAGCUCACAAUCUUGCUCAAUAAAGCGGCCAGGCGUGCGCUCAUGCAACCGUGUGAGCCAGAGGAAGCCUUGCCUCUGCUCAAAAUUAUCGACCAAUCGAAGUGGUACAAUAUUUACCUCUCUGAAGCUCUGGCACGGGGACAGCAAAAGUGUUUACCCGAGAUAUACCGUGUCUACCGGUCAUUCCCCGGCGUGAUAGCAUACUGGAAAAUUCUCCAUGGUAUGUUCGAUAUUUUUUACCCAGAGGAUGUAGCGGGCCUCGAGCAGAUCUACGAAGACUACCAUACCAGCUACGGCCAGCUGGACCAGUGGGGGUUUCGGAAGUUCCUCAAGUACUACGCAUCACGGGGCGAUAUCAAGUCUUUGGAGCGCUUAUGGGACAACUACGUCCAUGCCUACCAUCACCGAAACGUUCUUCGAGAGCCGGAUACCUUCAACCACAUUGUCAACGCCUACGCGAGCCUCGGAGACUACAAGGGCGCCCGACGAUUUUUCGACGAGCUUAGAGACAAGCACGGCGUGACACCGAGCAUUCAAAGCUGGAAUCAACUUCUCAAGAGCUGCUUGGAGUGCAAUGACUACGACCUCGCCCUUUCCGUGUUCGAAGAGCUCUGCGAGAGCACACAACCCGACGGGCAUUCCUUUGCAACCAUCAUGUCUAUGACUUCGAGGAACGGAGACCUUUCAAAGACGAAUAAAUUUCUCGAGCGAGCGAAAUCUCUAGGCAUCGAGCCGGACGUCCCUAUCCUUGAGGCGGUCAUCCGAGCCUACUCUUGGCAUUAUAGGACCAAUGUGAUGUUGUCAAUUUGUAUCGAGGCCCAGGCCAACAACGUUGCGGGUGACCAUGCCAGGCUUUGGAACACCGUCGUACGGUUUCACUCAUUGCGUCGCAAUCUAGCGGGUCUCAGUCAUGUCCUUGAGACCAUGGCGAACCAUGGCGUCAAGUGGACGUCCGAAACCCACAGAUUGGUGUUCAGCGCCUUGAUCAGUUGCGGGCAAACGCAAGCGGCGUACAAGAUGCUACGCUCGGCUAUUGCUAGCAAAUCAUUUGAAGUGACUCGAGAACACUUCAUGACUGUUAUAAAGGGCGCGUUGGACAGCCGCCAACUGCUUUUAGCUAGCAAGCUCACUAAGCACCUGCAACGGUACAGACUAAUGACAGUCAAAGCACGCACAAUCAAAGCUCGCGGAACGAUCAAGGAACGGUUGUUUGCUUACCAUUAUGAUCCAAAGAACGGUGAUGGCGUGGAAGAGUUGAUGAAAUACAUUCGGGAUCUAGCCAACACCGUCAACAAAGCGCCGAGCCGAGAUGGCAGCCAAAAUGACAAGGAGUUACUACGUCGCGCAGACUCGCUGCAUCGCCUACGGCAGGCGCUGGAUCAGGCCAUCAAACUCUUCGACCAGUAUCGCGAUUUCGCUUCGGUGAAAGAACUUGAGCAGCUGCGCAGGAGCAUCGGCGUAGCAGAUGGGAACACGACCAACGCCACCGGUGAAAAUAUUUCCGUUCACUGGCUACACUUCCUGAUGAAGGAUGAUUUAGCCAACAAGAAGUACGACGAGGCUCUUGCAAAGUGGGAACAAAUCCUGCAAAAGUUCUCGGUCAUUGCUCGUCCAGCAUCAUUCAAGGACGUUCACACCACGGUGAUACCGCGGUAUCGUCUUGGUCUAUCCAAGCCAUUUGAGACGCUCCUAAAGUUGUUUGUGGGUCUGCAUGCCCCGGCACAGUUGAAGAAGGCCUUUGAUGAGGUAUUGAAUUUGGGGUUCUCGUUUGACCGCCGGGCCUUUAACCACACAGUUCAGGUCCUCGCUCGUCUGGGGUCCUGGAUGGACGCCUGCACGAUCUGCGAAACUUGGCUUAUGCCGAGUUGGACGGGCUGGCAGCAGAAUCGCAUGCGAGCGCUGGUUAAGACGAAUCUGCCACUAGCGGAGCGUCGCAUGGCCAGCGUGCCGUCGGUGCUGCGUCCGACAUCGUACACCAUCAUCGUCCUGGUCAAGGACUACAACAACCUACAACGCAUGGCGCCGUGGUCAUCUGCCGCGGCGGCCCAGCUCAGUGACUUCAAGGCCCAAUGUCCGAGCCUUGCGGAAGCAUUCCGUACGUUGCCCUAUACGGGCGUGGGUAUUGAGAGGGAAGUCUUUGGUUCCCAGAAGAAGGAUGCCGCGAAUACGGAGAAGACGUCGGAAUCGGCGCAACGAAGCUGGCCAUUCUCACAAACAAACGACGGAAACCUUGCUCAUCUCGAGGAAGAUGCCGCUGGCUCGCAGACUGAGAGCUCAGCAUUGUCGGCGCAACAGCCUGGGCCUUCAUCAUCGACCACCACAGGCGGGGCUGCUGUCGACGGCGAGGGCGAGAAGAUUGGCCCCCGGACCCGAGAUUCGUCGUCGUCAGUGGAGGGAGCGUCCGAGUGA